AUGUGUCAGUGACUGGAUGACUGACCGACCGACCCAUCGUCUCGCUAAUUGGUGAUAUUCAGAAUGAAAGCAAAUUUCAAUAUUUAUUUUCAACUCAUUUCAGUUUAAUGGCAAUUGUUGUGGUAGCCUAACCGCAGGCAGCUUUGUUCGGGUUAUUAAAAAAUUAUUAAAAGAAAAAACAAACAAACAAAUACAAAACAAAAAUAAAAACAAAAAAACCGGGCAAAGGCAAAACAAAGGAAAUACGAUCAUCGAAAUAAACAAAUGUUCGAAUGAGGAAGAUAAGACUGAAGAAGAAGAAGAAAAUGCCGGCAAUGGGGAAAUGUUUGUGGCUGCUAUCAUCGAUGUUGUUGUUGUUGGCUUUGCUGUUAAAUGACAAAGUCACGGCCACUAUUGUGAAUUUGCCUCAAAAUUGUCCCACCUCCAGUUCCACCUCUUGUAUGCUAACAAAUCUAACUGAUUCCUAUGAGGAUGCUCUCAAUGUAAACGGGCCAUCCAUGCCUGUCAUACAGGCCUUGGUGGUGCAAAAUUCUGCCCUAAGGCGCGUGCCCACUCGGCUAUUGGAAGUUAUGCCGAAUUUACAAAAACUACUGUUGCUCAGCUGUGGUCUGAAUAAUCUCUUUGAAAAAGAUUUCAUUGAUGUAAAACGUCUAAAGAUACUGACCCUGGAGGGAAAUUCCAUUUUCUCGAUGGCGAAAAAUGUCUUCCAGCCUUUAGGUGAAUCACUGGAAGAGCUGCAGCUGCGUUCGAAUCGCAUACACAUUGUAAAUCGUCAAGCCUUUGGGGGUUUGAAAAAUCUCAAAUUUCUCGAUAUUUCGUACAACAACAUCAUCAGUCUACAGGGUGGUCUCUUUGAGGAUCUAAUAAAUUUGGAACAUUUGGAUGUGAGUCACAACGAUGUGGAGGCCAUUGAUGGCAAUACGUUUGCCAAAAAUUCUAAACUCACUUCACUGAAUUUGAGUGACAAUAAGUUUUCCGUUUUCGAACCCAACUCUCUGAGUCAUUUUGGACAUUUGCAUUUGGUGGAUUUAAGCAAUACCUUGCUGGAAGAUUUCCACAUACAGUCCGUGGAUGUUUUGCAGAUAUCGAACAGCGGCCUCAAGAAUUGUAACAUCAAUGGUGGAGUGUUACGCCUUCUGGCGGCCAAUAACUCUUUGAGUGGCCUUAAAAUAACCCAAAAAUUGGUGGUCCAGGAAAUCGAUAUCCAAGGUAAUUAUUUUGAAACUCUGGAUGAUUUUCAAGGUAUGGUGAAUUUACAUCACCUCGAUGUGUCCCACAAUCACAUAAAUCGCCUUAUAUCCCAGAGAUCCACUUCCAUAUAUUUACACUUGCCGAAUUUGGAAUAUCUCAAUUUGGCCCACAAUCGUUUAAGGGAUCUCAGCCUAAAUGAGUUUCUCAUGAUGUCAAAAUUGCGCGCUCUGGAUCUCUCCCACAAUCAUUUGCUACAGCUAUCCACCACCACCAUUCUCAAACCCCUUAGAGAUCUCCAAUACCUCUAUUUGGACAAUAAUCAUUUAAUUGAAUUUAAUUGUUCCACCCUAAAACAACAACAUGGCAAUCUACAACAACUAAGUCUCGAUCAAAACGAUUGGGAGGAUCAGUAUCAGGCGGAAUUGUUAUUGGAAUUACAAAAACAAAACAUAAGUGUUACAAGACACACUUCUGGAGAUAAUGUGGAAAUGGCCAGUCAUGUCGGUGGUUAUCAUGAGUCGCCAAGGCUUUUGGAACAUUAUGAAAAGGAACAACUGGUCGGUGUAUCCAGCAUCCAUCCCUAUUGGACCCUGCGUGAUGUGUUGGCUCUCCUAACUUUGCUAUUGGUUCUACUCAUUUUGUUGUUGCAAUUUUUCCGUAUUCUCCAGGAGAAACAAUGUUGCCGCCGCCGCUUUCUUCGACAUGACCGAGAGGCCGAACAGCCAUUAGUCCAUAAUAGUUCGGUUUUGUAGGAUGUAAUCGUACUUUUUGAAAGAAACGAAAAACUCGAAAUCGAUAAAUGUUAUUUAUGUAUAGAACAUUUAAAAUGCCACAACUACAGCAGAAUAAUUUUACAACAAUAAAAACGAGAACUGAAUGUACGAAUAUUUGACUAAUUUAACCCGAGCUCCAAAAUGCCACUCGAAAACAUGCAGCUCAUACUUGCUAUUUUUCGACUGGUAUAGAAAUGUAUAUUGGGCUUUCUUACUCGUGGUCCCUCUCGAUUUCGAUUGAGUUUUACUCUCUAAUCGAAAUCGAGCAGGAGUACUCCUGCGAGUAAAAAACAAAUCGAGUAUACCCUAUAUUUCUAUGCCACUCCAAUAGGUUCCAAGUAUGAUUUGCUCAUUUUCGAUUGGGAUUACAAUUUUUUCUCCUACCGGGUAGUAUAUCAGGUUUUGCCAUACAGUUUUUUUAUGCGUAAGUAUGUGUCAUUUUUUCAAACCACAUCUGCAAACGAAACAAAAACUACUAUAGAGGGUGAGAUAAAAAAACCGCAACCAACUUCAGACUGAUGUCAUUUCUAAGCCACUCAUCCGAUAGCUGUUAAAAUUGUUCCAGUGACAGUUCAUUAUAUUGUUUACAAGCGUACAAAAGCAUUUUGGUGAGAAUUUUCCAGAA